AUGGCAUCAAUAGGGGAAUUUGACCCUCUCAACACCAGAGUCCCUGCAACUAAAAUAGAAGUUACCGUGUCGUGCCGGAAUCUCCUGGAUGUAGAUACGUUCUCCAAGUCAGAUCCUGUGGUCGUCCUGUACUUGCAGGCUGUGGGGACCAAAGAAUGGAGAGAGUUUGGCAGGACAGAGGUAAUCGAUAACACCCGGAAUCCAGAUUUCGUCAGGAAGUUCGUUCUGGAUUUCUUCUUUGAAGAGAAACAGAAUCUAAGGUUUGACGUGUACAAUGUGGACUCCAGAAGCUGUAACAUUUCCAAACACGUAAGUACAGAAUGUCAUGACUUUCUGGGCCAGACUUUCUGCACCCUUGGAGAAAUCAUCGGCUCCACAGGAGGACGGCUGGAAAAGACCCUCUCUGGGAUUCCAGGGAAGAAGUGUGGAGUCAUUAUCUUUACUGCAGAGGAGCUCAGUAACUGCAGGGAUAUUGCUACUAUGCAGUUGUGUGCCAACAAGUUGGAUAAGAAAGACUUUUUUGGCAAGUCUGACCCCUUCCUGGUUUUCUACCGCAGUAACGAGGAUGGAACGUUCACCAUCUGCCAUAAGACGGAGGUGAUCAAGAACACACUGAACCCUGUGUGGCAGCCCUUCACCAUCCCUGUUAGAGCUCUCUGCAAUGGAGACUAUGACAGGACUGUGAAGGUAGACGUGUAUGACUGGGAUCGGGAUGGAAGUCAUGACUUCAUUGGCGAGUUCACCACCAGCUACAGAGAGCUGUCUCGGGGGCAGAACCAAUUCAAUGUCUAUGAGGUUUUAAAUCCCAAAAAGAAAGGCAAGAAGAAGAAAUACAUCAAUUCUGGGACUGUAACUCUGCUGUCCUUCAAAGUGGAGUCCGAGUAUACCUUUGUGGAUUUCAUCCGAGGAGGAACCCAGCUGAAUUUCACAGUGGCAAUAGACUUCACAGCAUCUAAUGGUAACCCAUCCCAGCCCACCUCACUCCACUAUAUGAGUCCCUACCAGAUGAAUGCGUAUGCCAUGGCCCUGAAAGCAGUGGGUGAGAUUAUCCAGGACUAUGACAGUGACAAGCUCUUUCCUGCCUAUGGCUUCGGCGCUAAGCUGCCCCCUGACGGCAAAAUCUCCCAUGCAUUCCCACUGAGCGCUGACAGCGAUAAUCCAAACUGUGUGGGAAUUGAGGGGGUUCUGGAAGCCUAUUUCCAGAGCCUGAGGACAGUGCAGCUGUACGGACCCACCAACUUUGCACCUGUUAUCAACAAAGUGGCAAACUGUGCAGCAGAGAUUACAGAUGGCUCUCAGUACUUUGUGCUGUUGAUGAUCACAGAUGGAGUGAUAUCUGACAUGGUCCAGACCAAAGAGGCAGUGGUCAAUGCAGCAUCACUUCCUAUGUCCAUAAUCAUCGUUGGUGUUGGGCCUGCUGAGUUUGACGCUAUGGAGGAGCUGGAUGGAGAUGAGGUGAGAGUAUCCUCCAGAGGACGUCUUGCUGAGAGAGACAUUGUUCAGUUUGUUCCAUUCAGAGACUACAUCGACAGAUCUGGCAACCAGGUCCUCAGCAUGGCCCGACUGGCUAAAGACGUCCUCGCCGAGAUCCCCGACCAGCUGCUGUCUUUCAUGAAAAGCCGAGGAAUUGAACCACGACCGGCGCUUUCCUCCUCGCCGUUACCGGGGCUACACCGGCAUAUCUGA